CUCACAGCUUAUUCACCAAGGCUUUUAUUUGUAAAUCGAAAGGAUAUUAGAAAAGUUUGGACGAGUAGCAAGAACCAAAAUGAAACUAUCAUUGUUGACGGUUUGGACGAUGCCAUUGCAGUGGACUUUCAUUAUACAAAGGGAUUUAUAUUUUGGACCGACGUUACCUUGGAAAAAAUCAAGCGAAUUCGCAUCUCUACAGGAGAAAUCGAGGAUGUUGUUUCGGUGGGUUUGGAAAAACCCGAAGGACUCGCUGUAGAUUGGAUUGCAGGAAAACUGUAUUGGACCGAUUGUAGAGAUGCUGAAUGGGAAACAAAUAGAAUAGAGGUCGCAAAUUUAGAUGGAUCUAAUCGCAAAGUUCUCUUUUGGAAAGACUUGGGUCUUCCAAGGGCAAUUGCUGUCGAUCCGUUAUUGGGGUAAGUGUGACUAAUUUUUCUAUUGCUAACUUAAAUACAUCGAGUUUGGUUGAUUGACUACUUCAUGCUGAAAUAUUCUGCGAUUUCCGGAAUAGGAAUGUCCUUACAAAUUGAUAAUGACUGUGUUACGCGUUCAUAAAAUGCUGUUUAUAGUUUCGAGAAAGGUUUUCCAAAUGGCUUUCACUUAAAGAGAUAAAUUCAGGUCGUAAGGAUUCAAGAGGUAAGUUAAUGAACUAUGCACAAUUAAAAAUACAUUAGGCUCUGAGCUUUAGUGAACAAACAGUAAUCUAUCACCAUUUUGCUCACCCCAUCACUACAUUUUUGUGUAGCUUUUUGUGAUAUUCAGGUUGGUUGUUAUGUAUUGAAAAGUCUGCUUAUUCAUAAACAUGUAGCUGGAACAUAUUCCAAGAUUCCAGCUUAAGGUAAAUUUCUGAGCCCUUGAGACCGUCUCAUCAUUCACCCUGGAACUUGAUCAUACUUUAGUGCUGUUUUUUUUUCUAACCACCGUGUCAUUUUAUGGCCUGGAACCAUCUUACAUUGCUCUAAAAAAUGGAAGAGAAAAUGCUAUAUCAUAAUUCUGCAUAGACCGUUUGGUUUUAAUCAUGUGCUUUGGAAAAAAUGUUAGUGUGCAAUUUUCAGAGGAACAAUUAGAACCCUUGGAAGUUAAUUGUGUUUCAAAGAGAUUUUUUCAUUCUGUGGCGCUAAUGAGUGACUGCGGACCUGUGAAAAUUCUUAACGCAAGUAAUGGCUUUCCUUUCUGUAGAAAAUCUUUUAAAGUGCAAUAUCCAUUCACAAGUGUUACCAGGUCCCAUAUAGAGAAGACUUUGUUAAUGGUCUUGAACAAUGGAAAAGCCUUACAUUUCAUUUGACCUUUUCUUAAAUCAGAACCCAAUGAAUGUUUUGUUAAUUAUCCAUUGUUACUGAAGAUUUAUUUACACUGUCUAAUAACAGAGUGCAAAUUUGAUUCCCUAAAUUACUACCUAGGAAAGAAAAAUGUUUGAUCUGAUAUGAAUUCAGACUCUUGAAUACAUGUAGUUUGUUUGUGUUUAAAGUUUCAGAGCUGGUAGUUUAUGUCUUUUUUUUAAAUUUAAAUGCAAGCUCAUGAAGACAGUUUGUCAUAAUUUUUAAAACUGCCUAGAGGUGACAGGGUGUUUUUUACAAUAUGUACAAUGUAUACCUCAUUUUAGUGUUAUACGUGUGUGCCAACAAGAUCUGUUCUUUGAGUCCCAGACUACAAAAUACAUAGUUUAAUACUCAUCAUCAAUUUUCCCAUCACUCAGUAUUUUGGUGUUUAUUUGCUUUUUUUCCUUCAAAACAUUUGUAGUUCCUAAUUAUGAUUUUUAACUUUGUAUUGGCUGACGUGCACAGGAUGUCUCAGAUGCCAGUGUUUAAGUAAAUUUUAAAUGCUUUAUCUUUGAUUUUUUUUCUUUCAAAAGUAAAGCACCUAAAUACCUGAAUUUUGGUAAACCAAGAAGUGGAAAAACCUAACACCUGUAAACUGAUACAAGCAGGUUGUGUGAAAACUCUGAGAUUAUAAAAAAGUGAAAGGGCUUAGCUAUGCUGUUAUCCUCUUAUAAGAUUGAACCUACCAGGCAUAAGGAGGAUGUUGUUUAUUUAGGAGCUGCCACAAGAUUUGUUGCAUAAUCUGUUAAAGGGGAAUUCGCUAGUUAGGUGGAUUUUCCCAACUGGAGGAAGGAAAUAGGAAAUAUUAGAUCAUGACAUGUUUUUCUUUGUCGGCUAGUUGGAUUACAGACGGAUUAAUGAUUCCUUUUAGGGCAGGGGUUCUCAUAAAUAUAAAACAAAAUGAAACAACUUGUCUAUACUAAAUUAUUAUAUUAUGGGAUGAUGUGAAUAUUUUUGCACUUGUUGGAAUUUUAACUUAGUCUCUUACACUCCAAAUUGCUCACUGAUUCCUAAUAAAAGUUUAUGUUUUAUUUUUGAACUUUACCAGCUAGGAAUCCAAGGUUGUGCCUGCUGGGUCUAGAACAAAUGUUAAAUAAUCCUGUUAGAAUUUUCCAUGAUAUUUUUUAAAGGGUGCAGCGUAAUAUACAGUAUUACAUCUGGUGCAUAAAAAAGAAAAAAACUAAAAGGUAACAGGAUUAGAGGUAGAACUGUUUUGGUAGUUUGAGAUAGCAACAUCAGUUCAUGAUGGGCAACUAUACAUCCAGGAAGUUAUUCCCACAUGUAGCAAUAAAUAAAUUGACACUGAUAUGCUCCAAGAACUAUAAAUACUUUCAAUUGCUUUUUAAUUGGUUUGAAAUUUAUUGACUGCAGUACGGUAAUGUGGUGAAUUACUUUAUGAAACUAAGGGUGGAUUCAUUUACAAGAUAUGUAUAUAGUUGUCGCAUUUGCCUGGUACUGGAUCUUCAUUGUGUGUAAGUUUGAAAACAAUUAUCAAAAAAGGCAAAUAUGAUCUCAACAUGUGGUAGUAUUCUUUAAAUGAAUCAACCCUAAUCGAUUUUGAUGUACAUAAAAAACUGAUGAGAAGGGGCACAUGUGUACUUGCAUUAAAAUAGUGGUCCACCAUAUCAUUGUGCUAGUGUUUCAGAGAAAACAGCCAUUAUUCUCUUGGCAGUACUUAGCCUCGUAGCAGUAGUUUCCUUAACAAAGUGUUUUUUCCUUUAAUUGUUGCCUCACAAUAUGUUUUUUAAUACUUUCAAGUUAAACCAACAUUAAUAAAUAUAAUAAGAGUUUUAAAAUAUACUUGGUUACAUUUAAAAUCAGGUAGAAGAAUCAGUGUUUUUGGUAUUGUUUGUGCCUAUUGCUAAUUCCAGCCAGCCAGGAUUAUCGUUAAAACAAUCUUUAUGAAGGGUAGUGUCAUAGUCUGACCUCUCAUUUCUUUUGAUUGUAUUUUUUGUAGGUACAUGUUUUGGACAGACUGGGGUGAAGAACCCAAAAUAGAGCGAGCUGAAAUGGACAGCUCAAAUCGCCGGGUUAUUAUCCGAAAAAAUAUUCACUGGCCCAAUGGGCUAACAAUAGACUACAGUGCACGCAAGAUAUACUGGACAGAUGCAAAUUUAUAUUAUAUAGACAAGGCCAAUUAUGAUGGCACAAAUCGCGAGAGCAUAUUCAGGUCUUCUAGACAAUGUUUAUUGGGACAUCCUUUUGCUCUUACAUUGUACGAAAAUAAAAUAUAUUGGACAGACUGGAAAACAAGAGGAAUUCACUCGACAAAUAAGAACAAUGGACUGCGGUGUCCAAUUAUUGUACCAAAUACUGUUUCUCCAAUGGACAUUCGUGCCUAUGAACCCAAGAGGCAGAUGCCGAGACCUCGACCUGGUGAGUUUAAUUUCAACUCUUGUUACUUGUUACUUGUCGAUCAUUAUGCUGAGAGCUGUGUACCAAUGACCAGUUUAUUCCCUUUAUUUCUUUAAUGUGCCUUGUGACACAUACAAAUGUAAGGUCUUAAUGACCGGUUUAUGCUAGUACAUAAUGUACUGUAUGGGUGCCAAAAUGGUUCAAAUAAGCCCUUUCCUAACCUUUCACAUUAUUUGCUAUCUUUGAGCAAGGUAAACUUGAAUUCCAAAAAUAAUGGUCCAAUUUUGUUAUUUAAGACCAUGCAACAGUUAGCUAAGGGUGACAUUAGUCAUGUUAUCGUUGAUAAGCAGGGUGCAAAGAAAAUCAUUUUUACAGCUUGCCAUUCAGGCAAGCUGAACCUAACAUUUACUAGCCCAGACGUCAUUUCAACUAGCCCCAAAAGCUUUUUGAGGAGUAGAUUCUUCUGUUAUUCGAAUUCCUCGAAAAAGAUCACUUGCCUGUCGGGCAAGUUAAAAACAGAAUUCACUAGGCCGAUAGCAAAAUCCACUAUCCUGGGCUAUCGGACACUGCUUUCUUUGCACGCUGGGCAAGUCUGUUGUGAACACGAAGCCGGUUGUGAGAAAUCUGGUGUCCUGGUUUGAUUCUCAGCUUGGUAUACAGUCUACUCAUAUUAGCAAGCUCUAUAGCUCAGCCUUCUGUCAUCUGCACAACGAGUCAUCAGUCAUAUUCGCAACUUCUUAAGCCACCAGGAAACUAAGACCUUGGUGCAUGCAUUUGUCACUUCUCAUGUUGACUACUGUAAUAGCCUUUUGUAUGGUCUAUAUGUACCUGCCUCACAGCUUAUCAAGGUUUAGCCUGUUUUAAACACUGCAGUGAGGCUUGUUUGGUGUGCUUCUGCCAUAUUACACCAUUGAUGUAUGAGCUACCUUGGCUUCCGUUAUAGCAGUGCAUUCAUUGUAAGACUUUGUUAUUUGCAUUCAAGGCUAUCCAUGGCAUGUAGCCCCUACAAGCAUUUACAACUUAGUUUCUCUGAAAUCACAAGGCACAUACAUGUAUUGCCUCAGAUUGUCUGGUGGGAUUUUGCUACCAUCGCCAACAUUUAGAACUAAGGUCACACUAGGCGAUAGGUCCUUCCAGGUGACGGCGCCCAAGUUAUGGAAUGCACUACCACGCGAGCUUUGCGACAUUCCGUACUUACAUACUUUUAAACACCAUCUCAAGAUGUACCUUUUUAAGUUCGUUUAUAGUGAAAUGAAUUUUAAUUAGUAAUGUAAUGAUAUUUUAGAUUUUUUGUAGCAUUGUAUCUAUAUUUUUCGUUUUUUUUUUCAUACUGUAAAUAGGUUUUUUUCCGCAUUUGAUCAUUUUUAUGAAUACUUGUACAAUAUAUGUGAUUAAAUUAUUAUUAUUAUUAUUAAAUUAUUAUUAUCAUUAUUAUUACUAUUUAGGCAUAUGUUUCCGGUUGUCUGUGACAAUGAAUGGCAAUUAGAGUGGACUUGGAUUGAACUUGAAAAAGCUGGGCCAGUGUUUUCGCAUUUUAAUUCUUUGCCUUCAAAAAUAAAAAAAAUAAUGAUUGAAGCACAGAAUUGACUUAAAACAGUCAUACUCGCGUGACAUACAUGUAGCCUAAUUUCACGUUGUUUGGCAGAUGAGACUAGUAAGAUGUCCGAAAAUCUGCAAACAUAUAUUGGGCCUGGCGCACGCUACUGGUGUACACGGCUAAGAAUCUCACAUCGUUUGGCUUUUAUGAACUUAUUAAAACUCAGAUCGCAUCGAUAUUUGGCAAGAAGUUAAAGUUUAUAAACAGCUUUUCAUUGAAUAUUUUUUUUCUGGCUGUAAGACCAAAAUAAAAUUGAAAUAUGAAAAAUAUGGCUCAAAAUGGGACCAUUUUUUAACAGCUCGCGUAACAUUUACAGUCUAACCACGCAUAUUGUGGGAUUUCUCUGUUUCUGUUAAUGGUACUUUGGAAAAAUUUCUCCGAAGAGGUCAGUGCCUUAUGAGUACUAACUGUAUUAAAAAUUACUGAACAUAAUGGUAAAACAACAAAGUUUAGGGGGUUUUCAGAAAGAUGUUCUGUCUACAUACGAUCUCUGUGCAGGGCGAACGUCAAUUUAAUAGAUUGCUUUCAUUGACUUUCUGUUGUUGUUAAGAGAAGAAAUAAUAAUUUUUGGAAUGCUCAUAAGUUAAACCUUUCUUAUAGACUAACUGUUAAGACUUUGGGAAACCCAUUUUUACGCUAAGAUCAAAUAUGUAAGGUUAGACAGCAUUUUUUAACGUGAAAAAUUCUUAAACCGUGUGUUGGACCGAAAAUCGGAUUCUAGAGUGUGCUUUGGCAUAAAGAUUUUGUGCCUAAAAUGUGCCUAAGAUGUGCAUAAAGUGUGCAUUUUAGUUUUGAAAAACAUGCCUAAGCCGUGCCUAAGUUGUGCCCAAACCGUGCUAAUCUGUGCACAAGUUGUGCCAAAAUAUUGAGUCACUUGGAAAAUCGUGUCCAGCCUAUCGAGCUCCACAGCGAACGUAAAGGGCGCACGGCAAUUAUGUCAGUUUUGAGGUUUACAAAGUCUAGAAACACGGUCUGACGACCUUUUUAUCCCCUAAUAAGAAAUAACAUGACUCAGAAUACGGUUAGAGACAACAGGGAAAGCCCUGACAAACAGGAAAAUGGAAUCUUAAACAGGUUAGCGUAUUUAAAGUAAGUGCUCAGCUCAAUUACAUUGUUGAUAUGCUAAUUUCAUCCAUGUUAAAAAAUUUCCAAGCAGGUUUCUUCUCCCCUUCUUAACGGAGCGUUUAGUUGGAACGAAAUAUUUGUUUUUUUCAGGAGGGCAGAUUUGCAUUCAAAAAAAGAAUUUACUUGUGAUAUGACUUAUAAAAUGAAAACGAAAAAAUUGAUUGCAGGUCGAUGAGUUUUGAGAUGUAUGGCACUUCUCAUCGAUUAUUAUAUGAUCAAAGCUUAAUUUGCUAACAGAGCCAGAAAACAAAAACAAACAAGCAGCUUGAAUUAUUUUACUACUAAGUGUAAGUCCUACUUUUUUAGUUAGAGAAAUAUUUUUAAAAAGCAGCCGCAUUUUGUAUUUAAAAAACAACACGCGUUUGCAUGAAGGUUUCAAAUUACCACUUUGUACUUUUCAUGUUGUUAUGCAAAUUCAGGCCAAUUUUACCGCGAUUGCGAAAAGUAUUUUCUACAACUUUUAUUGGCUAUUUUUGUGCCUCACUUCUUUAGCUUUGUUUUUGUUAUUAUGGCUUCGACUUUCUUUCACGAUUUCUUUUAGAAACGAAAGAAAGUGAGUCUAUAAAAUUGCAUAGCAAUCGAAAAGGUUCAGACCAGCAUAUAUCGCGUGUGAAUUUCCACUUUAUCCUCAGAGUAAACAUGGACUGUUGAAGAAUACGUUAAUUUUCCAGACUUUCGGCGCGGCUCAAAACUUACACUUCCUAUACUUCUAACUGUAUCGUGUUUGAUCUGAAUUAUUUUGUAAUUCGUACCAAGUUUGUUCUUUUUUGCAAGUCGGGUUACAAAGAUUUUCAAAAAAGUGCCUUGCAUGAAUAUUUGUGCCUAAACAGUGCCCAAACUGUGCCUAAAAUGUGCCUUAGCAAUAUUUAAAACGUGCCUUAACUGUGCCUAAAGUGUGCCUAAUCUGUGCCUUGGCAUGUUUUUUUCCCGUGCUUUGGCACAAAAACCGUGCCUUUUCUUGAGCGCGAAUCGUGCAUAAGGCACGGUGUUACGCUCGUGUACACCAGUAGCGUGCGCCAAGCCCUUGACGAUGGUAAUUUUAUGAAAAAAAUUGUUGGACUGCAAGGGUUGUGGUCCAGGUACAUUUUGCAUUGAUACAUAGAUUUUAUUUUGUUAUUCAAACCACCAUAAAGUCGCACUGUUAGGAGAGGAAAUCCUCCCCCUACCCUCAUCUCUGAGGAUGACUGUGAAAAGCAAUGGUGAUGAUGAUGAUGAAUCGUGAUGAUGCUCAUCAUAAUUUGGCCUCUACAGUGUAUGGCAGAGAUGUAAGGGAAUGUGGGUAGUAGUAAUAAUAAUAGUACUUUAAUCAUCCUUUCCCUUUAGGGUGUUUUUAGGGAUAAUGAAACAAAUAAUUUAAAUAAAACAUAAAAUGGUUAAAAAUCCCAAUUCAAUAGAGGCAAACCAGUUGGCUGUUUUACAAGCGUGGCCAAGAAUUUGAACUUUGGACUAGACCAAGAACAAAUCCAGCUAGGGGUCAGAGCAGGACUUGAGCUCGUGACCUCCGAAUUACAAGUCCACAGCUCUAACCACUCAUCCACGGAUUCAUAAAGGCUUGGAAUUUUACCAUUUUGAGAUAACUACUCUGCCUACUUAUUACAGGUGAUAACCCAUGCAAUUCAAGCACCAAUGGAGGAUGCAGCCAUUUAUGUUUAUUGAACAGGCAUGGUCAUUCAUGUGCCUGCCCAACUGGGGUAAAGCUUCUUCAAGAUGCCAGAACAUGUGAGCAAGGUAAGAAUCGUUUCAAGCUAGCCAGUCAUUUGGAUAUUGCAGCUUGUUUGGGUAUCAUUUUACUACUACAGCUUGAAAUGCAGGUACAUUUUUCAGGUGAGGAAGCACUUACUGGUAGUAUCCUACAGGUAAUCACCAUCUUUGAUUUUCAAAGAAAUGGAAGAAGAAAAAUCUAGCUGUUCUAUUCCCUGCCUACUAAUUACAUAUACCCUGCAACCUAUAAUCUUAGUGAUAACCCUGAUUUGCUCUAAGAGCACAACUUUGCAGUUAGUUUGUUUUCUUUUGUUACAAUAUAAAGUGCUCCAGCUUUUUGUUUGCUGCUACUGUCAACUAAAACCACACCUCUGAAGAUGAAGGAAAAACUCACAAAUUUCGGUUUUAAUAGGUGAAAGGCUUCCUACAUGAACUUCCAGUACUUCAUUUAGAUUCAUUUUGUUACAGGUCCUGUACACUUCUUAUUAUUGGCACGUAAAGUGGAUAUACGGCGUAUUUCACUUGACACACCUGACCUCACAGAUGUUGUUGUGCCAGUUUCUGGUCUGCGACAUGCAGUUGCGAUUGAUUUUGAUCCAGUGGAUAAAUUUGUGUAUUGGAGCGAUGAUGAAAAGCUUGAAAUUAAGAAAUCCAAAAUGAAUGGAACAGGUAUUCUGCACAUUACUUUGUCAUUGUGUGGUUUUUUAUAUAUAAUAUGUAUUUUGUCACAGAUCAAACUCAAUGAAAAGAUUCCAGUAUAACAUGAUUUUGCAGUAGUAUACAAUGUGAGUGGUUCAGUGCUCCAAAGUGUCACCUUUUUGGUUGCCAUGACAAGUUGAAAAAGUUUGAGUGACUAAAACUGCAACGAAGGUAGCCAACUUGGCAACUGGGGUUUGCAGUCAUGAGCGAUUGCCUUUUAAUAAAUAAUUAUAAUAAAUACGAAACUUAUUUUGUGCAUGUACAGUAAAAAUAUUUUCAUAUGUGCAUUACAAAUAAUAAGAUAAGAGUAAGUCAAUUAAAAGCUAUCUUAAAAAAGUAAGUCAAUAAUAUAUUCAAAGCAGUCUUAAAAAAUAAAUAUAUAAAUAAGUCAAUUAACUGCUAUCUUUGAAUGUUUCUGUUCUCCGCUCCCAAACUGUUCCACAGUUUAGGAACUGCCAAAUGAAAGGCUCAGUCACCAAGUGUAGGUAGGCACGGUGCAUUUAGCUGGUACCAACAAAGUCGCAUUCCUACAUGUAGUUAGUUCCUACAUGUAUAAUCUUUUUUAUAGGUAGGGUAGUCAAAUCAUAUGGGAUUUUGCUCUCAAAAGGUUAAAUCAUGGUAAAAAAAUGAAAAUAAAAAUAAUGAUAAUAAUAAUGAAAGAAAAAUUAAAAAACAAUAUGAAAGCAAUACAAUCAUUUCAAUUGUAAGUGUUAUAAUGUACUCAGAGAUUAGUCAGGGGAAGACUGUGAGCCACUGAUAAAUCAUACUCCUUUGUUUACCUCUUCCUAGAUGUUCAGGUAAUAGUGAACGCUGAUGUCAGACAUCCUGAUGGUCUUGCCAUUGACUGGGUGGCACGAAACUUAUACUGGACUGACACAGGCACAGAUCGAAUUGAAGUCAGCAGGCUUAAUGGAUCAUCAAGAAAAGCCCUUAUCUCUAAAGACCUAGAUGAACCAAGGGCAAUAACACUGUACCCUUCUCAUGGGUGAGUUUUGUCAGUCUUACCGUAACUAGGAUGAUGGUACUGUAGAGGUACAUACAAUUCAGAAUUUUGAGGGGAGUGCUUCUCAAAUUUGGGUGCCCAAUUCUUUACCAAGGGAGUCAAAAUGUGAUGUGUGGUCUGAAUAAUUAUCUGUAAUUAUUAUAUACUACUUAUUAAUGACCGAACAGACAGGGUGGAUAAGUUAUUUACUAUAUGGCCUGUUUAGCGCUAUUUUUUGAAAUGAAUACAAUAAAGAACACCGCAAGUAAUUUUCAACAUCCAUGCACAAGGAUGCAAAUAACAGUCGGUCAUCGGACAAUUGUCCGGUAAAUUUGACAUUUUGACUGGCGAAAUAUUAGUCUGGUCUGUCACUCUGACCGGGCACUUUUGAUCCAAAUUAAACUUUUAAUUAUCAUACUUUAAAGACACUUGUGGCAAAACAUUGUUCCAUUAUUUAGCUAACACACACAUUGACAAUCAAAAAAUAAUAAUCUGCUAUCGAAAAGUAAAUCAGAAUUAAAUUUUUGUAUAAUUUUUGUUUUCAAGUGCGAAGUCAGUGAAGACUGAUCAGUGAACUGAUACAACUGUUACAGCUCCUGUCUGUGAUUAAUAUUGUGCAAUUAAAGCAGUGAAAUAAGUUGUUUUGUUAUAUUCUUAAUUUUGGUCUUUCACUUGGAAUUUUUUUAUCCGACCAGACUGUUUCCUUGUCAGGUCAGGUCUGGUCUCUGACCUGACAAAUGACCUGCUUAUUAAAAAAAACUAUUUGCAGCCUUGAUGCAUAAGAGGUCAUUCAAGUUCAUGUUCACUGAACUGAAAUGAACCUGGUAAUAUGAUUGAAAUUACAGGACACAGUUUCUUUGACAAUGAGAAUUUUGGACCUGAGCCUGUGAUCAAUUAACAACCAAUAACUGAUCAGCAGAUAACUUUAAAAGAGUAUCACCUCAAUGAGUCUUACACUUGAGCCCACAAUACAGUCAUGUGACAGAAGAUAGCCUUUUUUGACAGCUGUCAAUUGACCAUAAUAUGGAUGUCCACUAUCAAGUUUUGUGUUUAAAAACACAGAUUGUAUAUAUGCCUUGGACACCUAACUACAUGCAGUAAUGCCCAGUCAUUACAAGAAAAUCUUGGCUUAGCAGCCAAUUAAAGCACAUAUUGUAGCAUAUUUUAUUGUACUGUACAUGUAGGUAUACUAUUGCAGCCAUAUAAGAAAUACAUGUAAUUUAUAAGGGUUCAAGCAGCAUCAACCAAGGUCACUUCCCUAGAAAACAAAAGGAAAGUAGAACCCCCCCAAAAAAAAAAAAAAAAACUUUCUAGCUGUUCAAUUCCAGCUUUCUAAUUGGAUAUACCUGGAAACUUGAAAUCUUAGUGGCGGCCAUGCAAUUUGAUCAGCCAUGCUCUAAUGUUGACACCUACCAUUGAAGCAUACUGUUUAUGGACGUUUGUGUUUUUUUUAAGGUAGGAAAGAAAAUCUAUAAAUCUUCUUGUACUGAGAAUUGUUUCUUUUCUAGCCACAUGUACUGGACUGAUUGGGGAAAACAUCCAAAGAUUGAACGAGCAGAACUGGAUGGUAGUCAUCGUAUUACUUUGGUGAACACAUCGGUGGCUUGGCCUAAUGGCAUUACCAUUGAUUUCCACGAACAAAAACUCUACUGGGUUGAUGCCAAGUUGGACAAAAUUGAAAUCAUGAAUCUUGAUGGAAGUAAUCGUAGGGUAAUUCUUGAUCAUAAACUGCCACAUGUGUUUGGAUUUACUGUGUUAGGAGAUCGGUUGUUUUGGACAGAUUGGCAAAGACGUGCCAUUGAGAGUGUCAACAAAAAGACUGGCGACAAUAGAAAGGUGAUCAUUGACAGUCUACCUGAUUUGAUGGGAUUGAAGGCUGUCAAUCUUAGCCUCUCUCAUGGUAAGAUAAUGUUAUUUGUUUUGAUUAAGUCAAAAUUGAUAAUUUUAUGUGUUCAACUCUUGCCAAUGACCUGUCUUUGUUGGAUGUAGGUUGUAAUAGUGUCUGGCAGUGUCCACCUCUAGUGUCCCUCUCUAUGCCACUCUUAGCUGAAGCCAAGGACUGUUGUCUUGGCCUUGCCUUGUCAGAGUGUGGUUAAAGUUUUGUGAUUAAGGUGUUUAAAGGUGUUUAAAGUGCAUUUGUAUCUCCAUCUGUACAAACAAGAAGGGAAUUUGACCAAGAGGAGAGUUUGUUUUGGGUGUACACAUUUUUGAACAUUUACACAUUGAGUAUUAGAAGACUUGCGUAUGAGCUCCUCUAUCAGAAGCUCCUCCGACUUCCUUGUUGCUACAACCUCAGGCAAAACUUGUGGAGGCAUGGAUGUACCACAGAAAUACCAAUUUUUUUAUCUGGGCAAAAAUGGCCAUUUUCCCCCUUCCCUUAUCCAAUUUUGUUUAUGGUAACACAAGAAAUUACAGUGUAUACACAUUGGUUUUUAGACCAAAACAACAUUGGAUAGGGGGUGGGGAGGGUGCCUACUUUUUCCCUGUUUAGAAAAGAUGUUUGGAUGGUUCAAAAAUUACAAAAUUGAUGCUACUGUGUCAAGAGUUUUGUAGUGGCAAAUUCAUCUUUUUUCAGUUGAGGUUAUGUUGUUAACUUGGUCUUAAAUUGAUCAAUAUAUCUGUUGGCGUGGUUACAUUGUUUGUAUCAUUAUUCCUGAAGAGCUCCUUAGAGGAAGGGGAUGUGUUGUGAUAACGAAAUUGUGCCGUUGUUUCAGGCUCAAAUCCCUGCCAGCAUAACAAUGGAGGUUGUAGUCAUCUGUGUCUGUACAGGCCAUCAGGAGUAAAGUGUGAAUGCCCUGAUGGAAUGGAGCUGCUUGCUGACAAGAAAAACUGUAUAUGUAAGUAAAUACCUGGGCAUCUAGACUGAUAGUGCUGUGCUGACCUUUGAUAACUUUUAUUGUGUCUGCAUGCGGAGUGUCCAUUUUGUAAUAAAUCUGGAUCUGCUUAAGGCUUGUUUCACUGUAAACAUUGUGUAAAAAGAUUAUCAUUAUUUAAUAAAAUUAAUGAUAAAUACUUGCUAGUCACAAUGAAGCUAUGACCAUUUACAGUGCCUAUAGGAAGGUAACAGGCUAUGGCUCAUAGAUGUUGCAAUAUCAUUGACACCAACUUCAGAACAAUUUUAAUCUGGACAUUUCCUUUUCGUAAGUGGGACUGCAUAACAGAAUCCAUGAAGACAUUAGGCUUUCCCUUCCUUUGAAUUUAUCUUAAACUUAAGUAAGGGUAACGCUUUAAUCAUUAAACAUCAACAAUGCAACUGCUUUUUUUUUUCAGUGCCAGAAGCAUUUCUGUUGUUUUCAAACCCUAAGGAUAUCAGGAGAAUCUCUCUUGACACCAAUAAUGCUGCAGUUAUUCCAUUGGUUGGUGUCAAAGAGGCAAAUGCUCUAGACUUCAAUGUACAGGAGAUGCAAAUCUACUGGACAGAUACAUCCCUCAAGUCUAUAAACAGAGCUUUCCUCAAUGGAAGCCAAAUUGAGCACUUGAUUGUUGUGGAUUUGCCUCACCCUGAUGGUUUGGCUGUGGACUGGAUAGCCAAAAACCUGUACUGGACGGACUCUAAACACCAUAGAAUAGAGGUGGCAAGACUUAAUGGACAGCACAGGAAGAUGUUGAUUUGGAGGGACUUGUGGGAGCCGCGUGAACUUACUGUCAACCCAGUUUCAGGGUAAGCAGGCAAUUGACGUUUGAAAUUAGUUUGUUAAUCCGUCCAUCACAAAGUUACAUGUAUGUUAAUAACUUGUGUGAGAUGUAUUUACAUGUACACAUACAUAUGCCAGGUUCAUGGCUUCAACUAGUUUGAAAUGAACUGCCUUUUUUACGUGUACUACCGUAAAAUUCCGAAAAUAAGCCCCGGGGCUUAUAUUUUUCAAAGGCCCUUUUUGAGGGGCUUAUUUUUGGAGGGGCUUAUAUUUGGAGGGGCUUCUCUACGGAGGGAAAUUAGCGUUUCAAAGCCGAUUGGGCUAGCUUAUAGGUGGAAGUAAAUUUACCGUUUUUGCUUUGUUUUACUUUGUAUUUAAGGGCAAUUUUCCAAGUACAAGCCCCCGGGGGGCUUAUAUUUGGAGGGGCGAUUUAAUGGAGGUUUUUUGCGUUAUAGCUUUGGGGGGCUUAUAUUUGGAGGGGCUUAUACAUGGAGGGGCUUAUUUUCGGAAUUUUACGGUAUUUUACAUGCAGGGCUGGGUGUAGUGUUGUGGGUGCUAGAAUGUUCAGUUGGUGUUUUCCUUUGACCUAAAAGGCAAAUGCUUGCUCAUAAUGUCAGUUGAGGUGGUUCUGAUUUCAGGUGGAAUGGCCUUAACUGAUUCAUAAGGGACAAAACAUCACAUUGAUAAUUAUUCUUAACUAAUCACUUAUGUCAUCGGUUGAUAUAGUGUCGUGGUUCAUCGGUUUUUUUGUUUGUCAAAAUUGUAACAAUUUCCUCAGUCUAAUUACUGAAUGAUGCGAGAGCUUACACAGUUACUCUGCACUGAAGAACUACUUUGCUGAUGCGCCACGCCACCACUAUAUGGCAUUUUAUAUUUUUCUUUAUGACUGAUCACUCUUAUUUGUGCAAUAGACAUAUGUACUGGGCAAAUGGUGGAAGGGAGCCAACGAUAGAAAGAGCAGACUUGGAUGGCUCCAACAGACACACCUUGAUUGUCAAUGUCACACGUCCAACCGGCUUGACAAUUGACUAUUCAUUGGAGCUCAUUUUCUGGGUUGAUAUUGAUAACCAGGUUAUUGAGUGUGCAAACUUAGAUGGAACAAACCGUCGAGUAGUUGUGUCAGGUCUUCCCAUGCCUUUUGCUUUAACACAGUACAAGGAUUAUAUUUACUGGACUGACCAUGAGCUUAACUCGAUCUAUCGUGCCAACAAGACAAAUGGAUUGGAUCUGACAAGAAUCAAAUCCCGCACUGAUGACAUUAUGGAUAUUCUAGUGUUUCACAGCAGUAGGCAAGAAGGUUUGUGUAUAAUCAUUAUUUUGAUACUGUUAUCCCUACAAGCCCAAAUAUAAUUGUAUAUUUUCUCCACACUGCUGUCUCUAUAUAUUUCCUGUGGUACUGAAUUUGUAGGACAACCGUGACCAUUAUUUUAACCUGAUGUAUGUAUGUAGAUAGGAAAGGUACAAAUGAAUGUACGGUUGAAGAGAGGUUUGAAGUUUAGUACGUGUACAUGUAGGCAACUUAAUUCAGCAAGGGUCGUCCUCAACCUACUCUAAAGUAACGGUAAUCGCAGAUUAAUAAAGGGCACAUGAGAUUCCAGAUCGUGCUUGAUAAUGCGUGGUUUGGCAAUUGGAAAUGUGUGUGAUGGAAAUUGCAAGCAGCUCUGCAUCGCAAUAAAUUUACAAUCUUAAAUAUACAGAUAGUAAAUAGCAUGUGUACGUAGAUGCAUUAAAAAAAAAAGUGAUGAUACUUCAAAAUUAAAAGACUACCGAGUAUGCACGAGGAAAAAUUGAUGUAAUUGAAUUUCCUCAAGAGCCCCUGUACUAGGACUGGAUCUCGCAUCAAGUAUUGCACUGUUACGUGUAAAAAAAUGGAAAUUUUAUGAUGUGUUCACGGAGGAAUCACGUUGAAGAUAAUGCACGUUUAAUUUGUUUUUAUUCAGGAAUUCAUGUGUAAACUUUUUGCUAUUUUCUUUUGAUGAUGUUUCCAAAGGACUUAAAAGGCGUUUUAUGCCUAAAUCGCACCUUAGACAACCUCUCUGUAAGCAAGAGUUAAAACAAAAAAGAAAAAGAAGUUGUUUCCAGGUUAUUUUGGGCCUUGUUUGGUGAGUUUUGCCUAACAUGUUUGCUUGUUUAUUUAGGAUGGAAUUCCUGUGCCAGGGAUAAUGGUGGUUGCAGCCACCUUUGCCUGGCUAAACCAGGCCAACGGAUGGUGUGUUCCUGCCCAACUCACUACACCCUGUCGUCAACAGACAAUAAGACUUGCAAUGGUUAGUAUUCUCCAACGUGAUACAGUUUCUCACUGACAAUUACAUGUAAUGGGAAUCCGUAUUUCUAAACUCUGAGUUGCCCAAAUCUCCAAACCGAUACUGUCUUCCUGCCCAACUCAGGACUUAACUGACAGACGACCAAUAACAUCAUUUCAUUUAAUUUAUUUUUUCCAUUCCCUUAUAAAUAUUACAAGACAAACGUUAUUGCUUGAGUCAGAGAAAGUCUGCAAUACGCAAUGAAAUACAGUCAAGAUCAUUACAGCAUGUACAUUUAAAUAAGUUUGUCACAAAAAGAAGGAAAAAUGAAGAAUGGAAAGGAGAGGGGCACGUCUAGGUCAACUAAUAUUGUGCCCCUGAAAUAACGUAAUACACCACAUAACAGCGCGACCUUAUUGACCCCUCAGGUCAAUAUCCAGAGUUAAAUACCAUCAACUGACAUGAUACAACUCACUUUGACUCUGAAGAUGCCUACUGUAUACAUGUAGGUUGUCAAAACGUCUGUCAAUGUCAACAACAGUCCUGUGAUGGCAGGAUCAAACUCUUACAAUCCUUGUCGUAUUUUUUUACAGCUCCUCGAGUAUUCAUGCUCUUCAGCACCACAACUGACAUUCGGAGAGUCCUAUUCAACUCAUCAGACAAGCUGGAAGUCGUUUUACCUGUGCGUGGUCUGACGGAUGUUCGUGCCAUUGAUUAUGAUGUCAAUAGUCACCUCAUCUACUGGAUUGACAGUGCAGCAAAAGAAAUAAGACGCUCUUUUCAAAAUGGUAGCAAUGCUAAGACGAUAGUCCUUGGAGAAGAUUCCUCGCCUUACGAUCUGGCUAUUGACUCAUACGGACAACAGCUGUAUUGGACAGACAAUGUGAAAAACAGCAUUAACGUUUAUAGCUUAAGAAAAGGGGUGUCUAUGGGUGUUGUCUUUCAUGAGAGAGAUGUUCACCCACGAUCUAUUGUGCUUUAUCCAGAGAUGGGGUGAGUGCAUCUUUUUAAUCCUUUUUGAUUUAUUUUAUUUUCAUUGGUUAGUAAUCCCCUCAGCAGUGGGCUAUUGCAUUUAAUAUCCGUACCGCCCCCCCUUCAGUUGAGGACGUACCUUUUCUUCUUGCCCUAAAGAUAGACUACGAAAAAACGUUAUUCUAAUCAGUUUUAACCCUUUUCAGACAAAUGUUCUUUACCAAUGAAAAACCGGAGAAGAAAUCCAUCGUGCGUGCAACAAUGGCUGGUGCUGACAAGACACUCUUCAGCGCGACAUCCCCAGGGGAUUUGGCAGUCGACAAGGCGAGAAACAGACUUUACUGGACAGACACUACUCUGAAAAGGAUUGAGUAUGCCGAUCUCACAGGUACGAUUUCGCUCCCAAAUGCAUUAUAUGAUUGCCACUCUUAUGUACGUUGCAUAUUUUGUCAAAACAAACAAGCAAACAAACAAAACAAACACAAAUUAGUCAGUUAAUAAAGCUUAGAUUAGAACCAGUGACAAUAAAGUAAGUAUCCAUUGGUUGGCAAGAUUGAAACGUUUUAGUACAGAAACGUGUGAACUUUCUUGGUGUGGUCAAAAGCGAAGCAAGAAGAAAGAAAAAUGCACGGUUAUUUUAAAUAUUUCAGAAGUGGUUUUCUUCUUUUUAAAAGGCCAAUUUUCUGUUGCUAGUGCUCUUUAAAAGAGGUUCUCUCCUUAGUCUCCUUUAACAACGUAGUCCGCGUUCAACUUAGCCUUCCACGCAGGCGUUUUUAGGGGAGCUCGUGUUUGGGAGGGAAGAAAUACGAGCUCCCCUAAAAAGGCCUGCGUGGGAGGCUACGUUCAACUGCGAAAAAAAAAUAUUAACAUCUUGACAAGGUCAUUUUUUGGCGACCAUUUUCUUAACGUGUUACAUGAAAGUAGAUCUUGAUUAAAAUAAGGGCUUAGGGAACUGCACCCUCUUCCUCUUAUUUUUAGCCCUCUUCUCUUGAUGUCGAUGAGAACUUCCCGCGAGUUUAAAGGGAACGCCAACAACAACAAUUACAGUUAAAGGACUAUACUAGUACUUGAAUUGUGUCUUCAGUAAUUAACACAUGUAGCUCACAGUCGAAUAAAUAUACCUUACAGGAAUGAACCGGGCCACACUGAUUGAGACAAAUGUGUUACAGCCUGUUGGCUUAGCAGUCCAUGGAAGUUAUGUGUACUGGAUAGAUCGUGAGUCCCGCAAUGUCAUGAAAAUCAGGAAGGAUGACGUUCGUGGCCAAACGGUGCAAGCAGCUAUUGAUGAUUUAUCUGACAUGAUUGUCGUUGAUACACUGAAAACAUCAGGUGUGAAAGUUCUUUCAUUUUACACUUCUUGAUGGCGAUUUUUUAUAAUUCAAGUGGUUAUAAAUAAGGAUUGUAUCGUAGUAUUUGCUGGUCAGUAUGUAGGGUGGCUUUGAGGGCUUAUACGACGUGCAGGACGACGACAUCGACAGCGUAAAGAAAAACUUAGGUUUGAUAUUGCUCGGAUCACUCCGUUUGGUGCAUUUUUUACCGCCCUCUGUACAACUGGGCCGUUAGAUUACCACAUGAAAUGCGAUGUAGGUAUUUUGGGAAUUAGUUAUACGAUGCGAAGUAUUCCUUUCCCUUUGCGAACUUUGUUGCGGCACCUAACAAACAAACUAUAGGAAAAUACGCCAACAUUUGGCUUGAGUGCGGUGUAAAGCGUGAACGACCGGAAAUUCACGUUAUUAGUGAGCUUAAAGGGGCUGUGUCACGGCAGUCCAGUUCAUUUUGUUUAAUUUUGCCAAUUACUCGCCCUCAAUCGCUAUGGAACUGAAAGUAAGCAAAGAAAUUACAUGUAAAUGACAAAAUCAGAGACCCGAGACAAACAUAUAUGUCUCCUGAGCAUUAUUCUUGAAGUUGCAAGCAGCAGUUUCAGUCUUCAGUUUUGCCCAUCCGUGACGUCUGUUGUUUCUGUAUGUUAUUUAACCUUCCUUUAACGUUUUAAGCGGUUAUUUUUAUGUUUCUCUUAAUUUAACGGGCAUUUUGUAAUUUCCUAAUUUGGCUGAAUUUCGUGACACACUUCCUUUAAGCAAAGACGUUUUUGAGCGACGCGCGUCAACCGGAAGCUAGCGGUCUUUUUUCAUCUUUGGUCGGUGAUCUGCCCAAAUUUUUGGACAAAUUGUCUCUAUAACAGUAAAGACACUUAGAAAUAAAAGUUUGGUGGCGUCAAGGUGCUUUAAAAUGAAAAAAGACCUCACUUGCGGUAGUCUGCUACACGGCCGUUUUUAGUGUCGUCACGCAACGCUUAGUAGGGAGGAGCGUUGCGUGACGACACUAAAAACGGCUGUGUAGCAGACUACACUUGCGGUUGACUUGCGUCGCUCAAAAACGCCUUUGCUGAAGCUCCCUAUCAAUGCCGUUUUCACUUCCGUCGCCGUCGUCCUUUUGAAGCUAUCACGACAAUACAUUUGCUUGAUUAAUUCGCUUACGUUACAAACCGCUUGAGGGAAUACUUUAAAACCAGUUUGGUUGCUCUAACUGAGGUCCAAGGGAAAACAUUAAUAAGUCACGUCAUCGAUUUUGCAGUACUGCAUAAUCCAAGAAUUCCCCUUGUGGGGUCACGUGGGGGAAGUUUCCUUGUUACAGUCAACGCCCAAUAACUCGGAACUUCAAGGGAAAUCGAAAGGGGUUCGAGUUAGCGGGAGUUUGAAGCAAAUAACCGGAAAUAAGAAAAUGGGAUGGGGAAUGAAUGCAAGUAACAUGCGCACUUCAAAACUUGAUUGAUACACAAUGCUGGACACUGCAUUUAAACUGGACUGACUAAAUAGUAAAGACAAAGACCAUAUGGUUGUUAAAACAAUUCCAACAUUUCGGACUGCAGUACACUGGUGUUUUCGACUUGUCAGGCGUUAAAACAUGGUUAAGUUAUCGAGGGUAAAUAUCGAGGGUAAAACGUGGGAUUUGACUUGGCAUAUUUAUUACCAUUUAGUUUCGUACCACACGGCAUGUGCGGGAACCCUCAGAUAAAAUUGGGAACAAAAAGUUCGUUACAACAUACGCAUACAAUUACAAACGCGCGCGCAGAAUUUGAAUCAAAAAACUAUUGCGUGACAACAGAAGAUGUAAAGCUGCUAAGAAGGAAUUUGCGCUCGUGCCUGUAGGAAGUUACAACUUUGUUUCGCUUGUUUAAGCUUGCCAGAUCGGGUCUGCAAAUGAUAAAAUAUUUUUCCCACAUGCACAAAUUACAGCGAUUUGAAGCGGGAUUCAAAGAUUUGAAGCGAGGGUAAAUUUAUAGAGAAAUUAUCUGAAGGGAAACAAAAAUUGCCUCGAAUUAGCGGGAAAUUCGAGUUUCCGAGGGUAAAAUUGUAGUAAAUGUAUGAAGGAAAUCCAGGGGAAAUCGAUUUUGGUUCGAGUUUGCGCAAGGUUCAAAUUAGCUAGGGCACGAGUUAUCUGGUGAGCCUCGCUACCUUACUGGUACUUACGCGGGUGGACGGUAUUUCGCAGGGGUUUAUUUUCGCGAUUUCAAGAGGCAAAUAUGAUAUGAUAAAAGGCACUAAAUUUCGCGAUUUAAGCGUCCUGAACUUGAUUUAAUUUUUGAAACAGUUUAAACUUUUUAAAAUAUCCAGCGAAACUGGAACAAGCAAAGUGUAAAAUGUUUUCAAAUGAACGUUAAUUCACUAAUUACAACUAAAUGGAACUAUCUAGUAAAAUCAGUUAACAAUUUGUAUUGUCGAUACAUAUCAUUUAUUUUUUUGCUAUUACAAUUUGAAAGGUUUUUUUCUGUGACAUUUGAAUUUUCUGCUUAAAUUUCGCGAUUUUUUUUACAAUCGCGAAAGACGCGAAAUGAAAGACCCAAGGAAUUAAGUACCAAUAUUUCGUAUAUAAACUGGAACCUAGUUUUGGUGGUCGCGAUGGACGGUGUAAUGGUUGUUCCGUUUGGUUUUUGUAGUUCACCACCCUUGUUUCAUGAAGCCUUGUUCCCAUAUCUGCUCUGUUGGUGUGCAUGGACAUGCUCAGUGUUCUUGUCCCAUGGAUAUGAUUCUUGCUGAAAACAAUUCUACUUGCGGAGGUUAGUUGUCUUAUCACUACUAUGAGUGACAAUUUAAAAAGUGAAAUGAUUUGCAAUAAAGAAAGGAGCACUAUUAAUUUUACUGUUUGUAACUAACUGAGCAGUGUACAUGUAUAUUGCAAUGAUUUAGCAACUGCCUUUUAAGACAAUGAAAAGUUGCUGCCAAAAUGUAUGAAAUUUAUCAAGAACAUUCUUCUUUAACAGCUCCGAAGACGUGCAAACCAGAUCUAUUUACUUGUUCCAACGGACAAUGCAUCCCUCAAGGCUGGAUCUGUGAUGACAACGAGGACUGCGUUGAUGGUUCUGACGAACAAAACUGCAGUAAGUAUCAUUCCUAUCAUUCUCUACAUGGAAUCAUUUAUUUGUGGGAGUACCCUUAAUCUACUGUAUCUUGCGGACUCCUGCGGGAUCCCCGCUAUUUUCGUAGUAGUGGUGUGCGCUGUAUUGCAAUUUCGUCGUACUGAAUGUAUUGGAAGAAAUGUGGGAAUUUCUGACCCUUGUGUCCGCUUAGUUAAUAUCGUUUGGUUUAGCUGGUGCGUUAUGCUGUAACUCGCCUAAAAUGGCUCCGACGAAUUAUGUUGCGUAUGUUAUUCAUUCAACAUUAUUAUCACGUCGACAGUAACUUUUUGAUAGAAGCAAAAUAUAUCAAUAAACUAGUAAUAACCAGGGCCGAGUUGUUCAAAGCUGGGUUAAGAUAACCCAGGGUUAGUGCGAGAUUUGAAUUCAGAUAUGAAAGCUUAGAAAGCAUUUCAGUUUUAAUUCUUUUUGUCUGCAAGUUGAUGAUUGGAAGCUCUAAAAAUAGUACAGAAAAUUACCCGAGAAAAUGCUUUUGAACACAAGAAAAAGAAACCCGGGUUAAGCGCUAAUCGGCCUUCGAACAACAGAAGGUAGGGAGUACAGGCGAGGUCCAUCGCUCUUUCUUCUACUCUGCGUUUCGUCGAUUUCACGCGAUAGGAAGUCAAAACGCGCGUGUUUGAAUUAUGAGUGACAGACAGUCCAAACUCGCUUGAUUGUAUUGCGUUCGAUGCUUUCCAUUCGUUCUUAGUGAAAGUCCAAAAGAACGCAGGCUGCGUAUUUGCCACGCAUGCGUAAUGGCAACUUGGAGAUAAGGAUUGCGGUCUCCUCUGGUCACCCGCAGUAAAAUUUUAUUUUUGGUAAGAUUCUCAGACCGGAAUGUUGACUAUGACUUCGCAAUUUGACUCCUAAACAGCAAAAUGCCCUAAAGGCGAAGUGAGAUGUGAUGGAGGAAAAUGCAUCAGUGUGACGAAACUUUGUGAUGGUAACACCGACUGCGAGGACGGCUCGGAUGAGAAGCCGAACAAUUGUCGUGAGUCUAACGCUUCAUAGUUCUUGUUCCUAUAACCUUUAGCAUCAGCGUGCAUAUUCUCUCACUGUUCUCAAUUCACUUCCCAAAAUUCUGAGUAAGGAGAAUUUGUUUAACAAUCAAAGCCUUUUUGGUGACGUUUCCUGAAAUCCCAGAAGCGCGUGAUGUUUGAUAAGCAAUUAUCUUUCUUCAAAAUAACAACCGGAAGUAUAUAUCUCGCUCUUGCGGGCACGGUUGCGAUGGAGAUUUCCUACUUAGAUUUUUGUUCGGCGAUUUGCUGCUGGGUGUCUAAACGCUUUGCCCAAAACAAAAUCGCCGUCCGGUUAGCACCGUAAUAAACCAAUUCCCCACGUACUCAUUGUUUUUUUUUUUCAUUCUUUGUAGCACUUAAAUGUGCUGAUGAUGAAUUCCCGUGCGUCACGGUUUGCAUUGCAAAGGAUUGGGUCUGCGAUAACCAAGAUGAUUGUGGUGACAAUGCUGAUGAGAUAGAUUGUGACGUCAUUACAAGUAUGUAUGUUCUCUGCUAUGUGCACACCUAAGCGUUUACGUCUUCUUCUUUCUGCCGUCAUGUUGCGCAAGCUCACUAUUUGAUGACUAAAUUCCCAUGUUUCACUUCCCAACCGAUGUAGAACCAACUUUCUUUGAAAGGUAAACCGAAUAACUUAAAUUGCUUUUUUGAAUUUACAGAGAACGAUACUGUCCGAAGAGGGACUCCAUUCAAGCAUUCAAACCUCAGCGGAAAAAUGGUGGGUGUCAUUGUGGCGUCAAUCAUCGUGUGUGGCAUUUUCCUGACUGUCGCGGUCCUUAUGUGUCGUAGACUGAAACACGGUCCUGACUGUAACGUAGCGCACGAGAUUGGAUUGGUUGUCACUCCAGUGCUUCACCCUAGACCUCGCUCAUCAGCUUCAUCUUCGUCUGCAUCAUCCCAUCGCAAUGUAUUUCAACUGCACCGCAAAGGCCCGGGGUCGGUGGGCUCAUCUCACAAGCACUCGAAAUCAAACGGAACCGCGCCUAGUCUGAGUAAUAGGUCCAGUACAACGCAAACGGCGUACGAUCGCAACCAUUUAACGGGGGCGUCGUGUUCUUCCACUGCGUCCACCGUCGUCACCGCUUACUUUCACGAGCCGCUCAACCCUCCGCCGUCGCCUGUAACAGAACGAUCCCAUUUUACAUCACGAUCACGCCCUUAUUGUGAGUCUCUAAUUGCACCGUCGUCCUCUGCGUCACAUAGACAUUACCGUCCCAGAAUGCCGCCACCGCCAACACCCGCAUCAACAGACGUGGAGUCUGUAAUUAGUAGGCAUCGCGGGCGAAGAGCUCAUCGUUGCCGGUAUCAGCGGUAUACGCAAUCUUCGUGCACAGAGUUGGCGUACGAUUCGGACCCGUUCGCGCCACCUCCGACGCCAAAUACGAACUAUAUGUCGGAAGCGACGCAUUUCUCGGAUCAGGAGGGUCCUCCUCCUUCUCCUGCCAUGACUGAGAGGAGCUAUCACCCGCAUCCUUACCCUCCACCACCUUCCCCUGUGACCGACGCCCCGUCAGUGGUUUUGUAA